AUGGCUCCAGAAUCUACUCCAUCAAGAAGGACACAAUAUCAAUUAACCUUAUCCGAUGAGUCAAAGGAAAGAAUCAUCAAGUUGUUGGAUUACUCCAAAACCAUUGCUCAUUAUGGAUUCAUCCCAUUUGUGUUGUACUUGGGUUGGGCUGCAUCUUCAAACAAACCAUCGAUCUUGAAUUUAUUGUCUCCUUUCCCAUCUGCUUAG